AUGGAUCAGAACUAUAUUUCUUAUUUUCCUGAAAGAAAAAGAAGCAACAGAUUUUGGAGAAGAUGGGUCUGCCUGAAACCAACGAAAGUCGUAAAAUAUUUGAAACAUGUUUUCAAAUCGGGUUUUACGCGAAGACCAUAUUUUGCCUUUGUUUAUACAUUAUUAUCACUUCCGUUAAGCUUAUUGUAUUUUUCUAUUAUUUAUAUUGGAUUCUUGAUCGCUACAAUAUUUUCUCCUCUUAUUGUUGGAAUGUUUCUUUUUGCAUUUGUGGCUCUGUUCAUAAGAUUUUUUGUUGUAAUUGAAGUAUACUUGGCUGGUUAUUUGUUGUGUAUGAGUCACAAAAUUCUACCAAGAUUCUCAUUGGCCAAUUUUAAAGAACAAGUUGUAGUUGGAAUUAAGGCGAUAUCGUCUAGAUCCCAUUCUAUUCCUGAAGAGGACCCACUUACUUCCAACGCCAAGGAUGGAUUUAUCACAUCAAUAGCAUCGCCAAUCGCCAACAGAAGAGAUCCAAAAACAUCCACUGAAAUUUCUGUGUCACAUAAUACCAAUAGUUCAUAUAACAUUUCAUUAGCAACACAAGAGCCAAGGAAUAUUAAUGACCCAUACAGAGAUUUUUUCACUACGCCACCUUCAAGAAGCGUAGAGUUCAUGUCACCAACCUCGCCAUUGAAGCAAGCAGUUCAAAGUUCUAAUAUGGAUGAAGCUUUUCAUCAUUACGACUCAGAUUAUUCUGAUGAUUCCGUUGAUUCUAUUCACUCUCCCACUUCCCACAAUUCUUAUUACUAUCAACACUACGGUGCAAUGCUCGGAAGAUCAUUAGAUGUACAUGGUGGUGCUAGACAAUCACAAAGAAUAAUUCACACCAAUAUUCUUCCAGCAUCAGCCGCUCAUCAACCAACUCAGCCACAAGAAACUACUACUCUAAUCCAACCAUAUGAAGAAUCAGAAACAAUAGUAGAAGAAAAUAACGAAGAACCACUAAGCGUGUGGGAUAGAGCAAAACGAUUUUACAAUAAUUGUUAUGACUUUACAUUCUGUAAAGAAGUUGGCUUUGGAUUGCUGUACUUUACCAUGAAAGUACCAAUUUCACUUUUUACUUUUUUGACUUCAUUAAUUUUAAUUGGAAUUCCUAUAUGUGCUGUCGCUUUCCCGUUAUUUCACAUUAUUUGCAGUGCAUCUGAUGCCAGUAAGUCAAGUUUCUGCAAGGUAGUAAUGUCAGAAACACAUGAGGCACCAUAUUCAUAUAUUGCUUGGACUUUGUGGUUUUCUUAUUCUGUUGCUGGAAAUGUUUUAAUUGGUUUAUUUGGUAUUGUUUCAUUUCCUUUCUGUAUUUAUGGGUUAAGAUUUUUGACACGGUUCAGUAGAGAUGCAAUCUUACUUGUGAGCAAAACAGUUAAUGAGUCAUAG